GCCAAGAAACUAUCGCCGUGUAGCCGUAUCUGGCAAUGACGAGCUUCUAAGCAUUUAAGGACGACUCCCCCGCGGUCUGGACGAGUCCAUCAUUGCAUUGUACAAUCAUCAUCCAAUCUUCAACCGAUUCAUCCAUUCAUUGAAGAAAUCUACUUUCAGAUAAACAAACGCCAGAUCAAAAGACAUCAACCUCUUACAUCAUGUCUUCACUCAACACCCCCAACUUCGACGCUCCCCGUCCCAAGAGCAGCCGCGCCGGCUCAGACGCAAGCUCCAUCUCGGCAGGCUCAGAGACCUUCACCCACAGAAGAGCAGUCUCUACUGACUGCCCGCGCCCCUCGAAGCGCAAGUCUUCCCACUCUCAGACCGUCAACGUCUACACCCACUGCGGGCGCCACAGCUCCCAGUUCCUCUUCGGCGGCCGUUCCUUCACGGACAUGGCCCGCAGCGUCUUCAAGCGGGACUAGGUUGUUCAUCGAGUUGAAGUGCUUAAUGUUUCGAGAGGAACCCCCCCCCCCCCCC